UUUCCAUCAAACGUCCAACCAAAUAUUAUCUACACUCUAUUCCGAGAGAUCGAAACUUAUUUAGGGCGACGGGAUUCGCCGUAUGUUUUCAAAUUUCAUUCCUCCAUGAACUUUAUUUUCCCCGACUUUGGACAAAAUUAUAACCCGAUCGAUCUCCUAUCUGCCCACCCAGUCGCCGGUCAAUUUUCUGACCCUUUAGCGCGAGACCAGGUGCAGACUAGCGAACGCUCCCACACCGCGAUUAGCUUAGCUUUAGGGGAUAUACCCCAUACUCUUUACCUCCUCCAUCCCCCCUUGACCUAUCUUCUUGGUCCUCCCUGACAUGUCCCCCUCUCUCCUCCUCUGUUCACCGGCGCGCUCCACUUGCGACUAGCGCGCGACUCGUCAUGUGCAGUUCAGUUUGAGCUCACUCUUUUCAACACAUCCUGCACACUUUGCAGGCGGGCUUGCGAGGGACUACAGAAACCUAUGGGGUGGGCGUCGGUUUAUUUCAUUAACAAAUUCGUGAGCCUAAAGGAAACUCAUUUUUUUCCUUUCCUUCUCAGUUUUGUUUACAUUUUUGUUUUGUCUCUUGCUCACUCGUCGCGCUAUUGCUUUAUCAGCAUUAUCACAAUAUUUUGCCUCAUUGUGAACAUUAAUUCGGAGAGAUAAAAACCAUCUUAAUGCACAAGUUGAUUUUCAGUCGCUGUUGUGGGUUGCAGCUAUCCACGGGACACCGGAAAACCAAGUGUUAAGUCGAUGUGAAUCCGCAGCGGUAGCGCAUCAAUUAUACUGCACGGAACGGCACAAUCUUUGCUCUUCGAAUUGGAUCAGAUAAAGCCCAGAGAUUUUCGGUCCAUCCUACAGCCAGCAGCCACGGUGCCGGCUUCGGCCCUUGGUUUCCGUCUGAGGCGAGGCCACUUGGGAGUGCCGGUGUAGUGGAGGUAUGGACUGUAACUGUGUUAGUGACCUGCUGCUCACUCCACCCGUCCCAACCCUCUGGACACCAGGCAUCGCCUUCCCAGACUGGGCCUAUAAGCCAGAGUCAAGCCCAGGCUCCAGGCAGAUCCAGCUGUGGCACUUCAUCCUGGAGCUGCUGCAGAAGGAGGAAUACCAGGGGGUGAUUGCCUGGCAGGGAGACUAUGGUGAAUUUGUGAUCAAAGACCCAGACGAGGUGGCAAGACUGUGGGGCAUUCGGAAGUGCAAACCUCACAUGAACUACGACAAGCUCAGUCGAGCGCUUAGGUACUACUACAACAAACGAAUUUUGCACAAAACUAAAGGCAAGCGCUUCACCUACAAGUUCAACUUCAGUAAGGUGGUUUUGGUGAAUUACCCGCUGCUGGACAUGGCCAGCUCUCCGUUCCUGCUGGCUCAGAACCACUUCAAUGGAGGAGCAGCCACACCGGACUGCAGCCCUGUCACACCCGAGGCCCUUCAGUCUUUAUUUCCUCGUUUGCCUGAAUCGGGUCGAGGGCCCUCUCUGUUUGAGCGCAGUGCAGGGGCCCCAGGGCCUGAUGGGGACAAGCUGAGACUGGACACUUUUCCUUUCCUCGGCUCAGGGGCUCCUUGUUACUCCAAACCUCCAUCCCUGUUGGGUCCUUACCCGCGGAACCCCUCUUUUGACUACCCCUGGGGCUUCAACCCCUACCUCCCAGGGGCCUUUUCUCUGAACAACUGUCCCAAAUUGCCCCCAGGCUCCCUCUACUCCUCACAUUUCUACCCCAAUCCGCUCCAGUCCAGCCUGUCUCAGCUCCCACACCCCUUCUCUUCACUCUUACCCCCCGGAGACACGACUGGGGCCGAACGCGGUCAAACGGGAGGAACUAACGGUCAGCCCCCCAGACUCUGCAUCCCUCCAUACCCAGGGAGCGUGCCACUUGGUCGGACUGAGUUGGGAAACGGGGGUACGGGUGUAGGCGACCGUGAAAGAGGGGAGACCAACACCGGUGUCACAGGUGGAGGUCUUGGUUUAGGGUUAGGCCUAGGAUUGGGUUUGGGUGGGCUCAGCGUGGGAAGCGGAGGUGGAGGCCGUCAAAGCCCUUCCGAGCGGAGAAAGGGUGUAAAGCAGGAUCCGGAGUCUGACUCUGAGCUGGAGAUCACAGACCUGAGCGACUGCAGCUCGGAGAACGAGAAUGAACCGGACUUCUCUCUAGGGAAGGAGCCAGGGCUGGGUGGUCGCUCACACCUUUUAGAGGCCAAAUCCGGUGGUCUCGGGGGAGUCCUGCCCCCUCUCUCUUCUCUUCCUCCACCUGUGUCCCCACAUCCCCUCAAAAGUCUGGGACCCCUGACUCCUCCACCAUCAUCCCUGCCUCCAUCCCUCUCUCCCUCCCUCAGUAUGGUUGACCGGCACAGGGAAACAGAAACACUUAAACUUGCUCACAGUUAAUAUGUUCUGUUGUGUGAUUUUUGAUGUCUUGCAGGUUCUCUUUCUCUUUUUCUGUCUGUGUAUUCCUGCAUUUGUGAAAUAAUGCUGUAUAUUCCCAUUUCAUUUUUCCCCCUCCUCUGUUCCGCUGUCCUCCGAAGCCACUCAUGCGGUCUUAAUAUCAGAGCUUUCAAUUUCUGCUUUUCUCAAUUUCUGUAUCGCACAAUGAGACUCUCAAUGCAAUCUUAGUUUUUGUCACUCUGAGUGUAGACGUGCAGCACACACACACACAAACAAAACAGCUUUUCAGAUUAGAAUGUUUAAAUAUCUAAAGAAUUCUUAUUCUCAAAUCUCCAUUAGAAAACAGAGAUAUUUUAUAGCCAAGACAGCACAGUAAUGGAAUAUGCAGAUCUUUUAUCACCACUUUUUGAAUUGCACUGCAUUCUGGCCAUGCUGAGAUAGGCAGGAAGUUUGUUCUGCUUGGUGUAUUUCACAGACUUUUUCAUAAGUUAAUGCUAAGCUCGGCAAUACAGUGUUCAGCUGAACAGUGUAACACAAGCAAAAUGCAAUAAUGGCAACACUGAUAAUAAUUUUAAGGUGAUUCAGUGUUGCAAUAAAGCACUUUUGUUUUAUUGUGCUGAUGCAGAAAAAUAUAUGGUCAAACAUUGCCAUCUUGUGGAUAUAUUUUUCAAAGCCCAUCAUAGUUUUUUUUUUUUUUUUUAAGAGAAACUUAUUUAUUUUAUUUAUUUAUUUAUUUUAACUUUCAAAUUUCAUGUCCAGUCCAUGUCUUUUUUAAAAUGUUCAAAAAAUUUAUGAGCCUGAAAAUGAGAGACAGAGUCAAUACUGCUCAUGUCAGUGAAUAUUUAAAGUUUGUAUCUAUUUCAUUGUAUAUAUUUUAUUAUUGUGUACAUUAUGUUUAAUUACUAUUACUAUAUGGGAUAGUUGUAUUGGUGUCAUUUUACUCUGUACCUAAUUGAAGAGUGAUAUAUGAGACAGGGAAAUGGAUAAGUAUAUGUGUAGUGACCCAAAGUUGACCAAGAUGGAGCAAUUGUUUUUCACAUUGCUCAUAAGAAUGGUUUAGAGUUUAGACGGAAAGGGUGCGCAAAAAAUAUUCUGCUCCCUCUAAUUGUGCCCUGUGGAAAUUUGCUCCAGAUACCUCAGAAAAGUAGAUGACCCUACUGGACUGAGUUAUGCCGGUAGUCUUAUAUUUCAAUAAUUCAUUCACCCAGUGGUGAUGUACUAUAAUUAAUCAAGUGUGAAUAAUAUUAGUUGCAGCAUCUGCUCAUUUCUUUAACCAAUGUUCAUUCUAAUGUUUAAGUUUGAUAUAUGAACAUCCAAUCUGAAUAUAAAGACAAUACAUAAGAGCAGAAUGACACACAUUGAUGAAUGGAUUUUCCAUUGAAAACAAUUCAGACAAGGUGAGAACAAAAGGGAACAAGUUUAAUACAA